UGCCAUCAACUGGAUCGUCUCAGGCCCCACGACGAGAUGGCUGCUGCUGCACGACCCGCAGCCGGACCAAGCACCUCCAAGGAGGAUCUCAGCGAUGUUUACAGUGAUCUGAAUCAAGACGAAGAAGAUUUGGACAGAAUUGCUGAAGCGAAUGAACUUUUUGAUGCUGUUCUGACUGGCUCAGUAGAUCAGGACAAGAAAGUUGCUACGAAUGCGGUGCCUCCUAAGGAGACACCAGCUGAUGAGGAGACUCAGUCCACAGUAAAAAGUCCAAAAGGAGGAAACUCACUGAGGAGACUGUCUUUAUAUGUUGGGAAUUUCCCCUGGUGGACAUCUGAUAAGGACCUCGUGUGCAUGGCUCAAACGCUGGGCGUGAAGGAUGUCACAGAUAUCAAAUUUGCUGAGAACAGAAUAAAUGGCCAGUCAAGAGGCUAUGCAGAAGUGGUGGUAACCUCAGAGGAGUCAUUAAAAAUAUUGUUGGAGAAAAUACCACAAUGUGAACUCAACGGGGAAAGGAUAGACUGUCGCUUUGCCACUCGCCAGAACCUCACCAUGUUUGAGGACACAGCAAAUAAACGUAUACCUCUGCGUAUUAACUCCAAAGAUUCGAAGGACUCUGAAUCUUCGGAAAAGAUUCCCUCAUUAUUAUCACAGGAGCCCAGCCCUCCCCCUAUACCUCCACUUUUUCCAUCACACCCCCUUACAAACAGGCUACCCUCGUUACCCAGCCCUUUCCUUGGUCAGCCACCUCCUCCUUUCCCACAUCUACCGCCAAACAUCCCUCCACCCUUUCCACCCCCUUUAUUCCCUCCUCAUGUCCAUGUUCCUAACCACCCACCUCCCAGCCCACAUAUAAACCCAGCAUUCUUUAGUCCAGCGCAAGACGGGCACAGCAGCAACGCUCACGGCCAACAAAAGCACACACCUCAAAGUACAGAUGCAGAUUUUGAGGAGCUGAUGAACAGAAAUAGAGCUGUUGCCAGUACUGCCAUCACCAAGGCUGUGUCUGGAGCCGCAGCUGGAGAUUUGCGGGUUGCCAUGGAGACUCUAUUAACUGCCAUCGCCAUCAUCAAGCAGUCCAGAGUGUAUGCAGAUGAACGCUGCCAAGCCCUGGUGACCUCACUCAAAGACUGUCUGGUCUCCAUCCAGGGCAACUAUGGCAGCAGGAGUAGCAGUCGUUCUGAGGAUGACAAAAGAGACCGGGACAGGAGUCGUGACAGAGAGCGGGAGCGAGUGCGUGAUCGGGAUCGGGAUCGUGAUCGUGAUCGGGAACGCGACAGGGAUGAUUCUUCCGGUUGGGAUGGUGCAGGAAUGCAUCGGAGACGCAGAGAAAGCUCCUGGAGCCGGGAGAGGGACAAGGAACGCUCGCGGGAACGGGAAAAGCACAGAGAGCACAGAGAUCACAGAGAUCGAUACCGAUAACUUGACUGAUGGAGUGUUUCAGUUGGAAGCAAAGAGAAGACACGACUUAUUGUUUCUACUCCAAGCUGUAUAAAAAUCUACAGGCUAUCGCCAAAAGUCUAAAGUGUACUUCUUUUUGUUCUCCAGUCACUUGUACAUACUGGGACUUUUACCUGCUUAAAGAAAACAUGUGAUUGUAGAUUUGUUGCAGGGUCUUAAGAUUCCAAUGCUUGCAUGCACCUGUGAGUAACUUAUGAAAUGCAGUUGUAAUGUUUUCAAUAUUUCUUUUGUAUUAAAUCUACAAAUUAAAAAACAUUCCCUGAAAAUAUAA